AUGGGCUGGCUGAAGAGAAUUUUUAAAGGUUCUAGCCAUAAAAUUUCACAUGGAAAAUACCAUAUAAGUUCUGGAGGAGAUGAGGUAUCAGAUGGAUCUUUUAGUUUUUUUAUAAAUUCUGUGUUUCUUCAUUUUCUUGCUUUUUUCAGAUUCUUGAAUACCCUUCUUUGAUUUUUGACUGAGAUAACUUGAGGGGAAAUAGUACUCCAUAUCCAAGUCGUAAGGGGGAAUAAUCCCACUCUUGGGACGAUUUAUAGAUAUGAUGAAAGAUUAGUUUGUGGGAAAUGUAUUCCUUGUGUUCUACAAAAAAGAUGGUUGAACUUACUUUGCCGUUCUACGAAUUGUUAGUGUUUAUGUGGGUAACGCCAGUGUCUUUCUGAAUCGCUAGAACUGGUUAUGAACAGUAUGCGAGUAAAAGAUAUUUUCCAUUGCUGAUGUACGAUUAUUUUUCUUAUGAGGUAAUGUGGUCACCUUGAAAAGGAAAAAAACCUCUUUCUUGACAGAUGUGGACCUCUCCAAUUCAGUUCGUAGUAAAUCUACUGGAGAGUCCAUCCUCCCUGUCAUUGUGAUGAUUUCUGUCAUCUCGAGUCCGAGUGAUGGGAUGAGUAGUAAAAUUGGUUGAUUGUCAAGUUAAAUUAUGACAAUCGCCACUUAUAUUGAUGGCACUGCUCAGAAUUGGGUUCGCAUCAGUUCAUAACCAUUUAUCGUACAGGGGGCUACUUGGGCCUUAGACCCGGUCCGACCCCUUUGAAAGGUUAUAUAUUUCAUAGCUGCAAAGCUUUCUGACGUGUUUAAUCAAUUUACUAUAUGAUUUCAAGGGGAUAAUUUAAAAGGAAAGGUGAGCUAAGUUGUCUUCUCUCUCAUUGUGCAAGUUACAUGCAAUAUAGCCGACAAGCUUUCUGUUUUUUUUUUCAUGUAUUUUAUGUUUUUAAAGGGAAAAAAAGAAAAAGGUAAGCUUAUUCUUUUCUUUCUCUCUCUUCCCGCUAUUGAAAAUUUCCUAGCUCUUCUUUGAGUCAAGCCUUACUAUAUGCUAGGAAGAUAUGUGAAAUGUGGUACUGCUUUUUCCAUUAUUUUCGUGUUUUUAUAAUGAAUGACUGGUUGCUUCCAAAGGAUAAUAUCAGAGCAUGACCUUCAUCUAUUAAGCUUUGUGACUUAUAUCAUUUUCUACUUUGUUACAAUGCAAUACCCCUAGUAGUUGGGACUUGGAAUAUGGACCUUGGUACUGUCUAAUUAUGAAUCAUGUUGUGUCCAAUUUGAUAAAAAAAAUACAUUUUAAACCAAUAUAUCUCAAAAUAUGUCAGAAAACAUUUAACCAUUAUCAAAGUAUGAAUUUGCUCAGAAUCUUUUUAGUGGAACUAAUUAAAAGAUCUGGAAAUGACCUCCUGGACAGUCUUGCCUGCCAGUGAAGUGACGUACGUAUGGAUUUUGUGGAAACUAAUGAUUUUGAGAGCAACUUUAUUCAGUUUAUUAUUCAGUUUCUUUUUCCCAAAAUUCUUGUCUCUAAUUGUCUUGCCUACCUAUCAGCCUUGCAGAGCGCCCAACCCAGAUCUCCAGUAAAAAUGUCGUGAAACAUAUGUUCUUCCCCCCUGAAAUCAGGCAUAUAUUCAUCUGUAGAUGCUAAAUUUAGGCUUGUUUACUGUGAUCUUGUUUAGCAUGCUAUGCAAUAGUGACCUGAAUCACUGGAAGACGAGGGGAAGGACAAACUGGAAGUGUUUGGAGGAUUAGGAUGGAAAACCAAAACACAAUGAGGAAGAAGACGAACUCAAACACUGGGAAGGAAAAUCAAUUCAUAAUUUAUCAUAAUAAUUCAAGUGGGACAGUAAUUUAUUUAGCCAUGGACUCAGAAACUGUGCACUUGCUUAAUCCUUAGGAAAACGGCAGCUUUUUCUAAAGGUUACCCGGUAGCAGAUCUGUUGCAAUUAAUUUAUAGUAUCCAGACUCAUAAUGUCUAAGAACAUAAAAAGAAAAUCUGUUAAACACAAAAAAGACCCAAAAAGUGUUUCUAAUCCUAUAUCAAGUUCUGGUCACUAUGUGCAGUAGACGAUGAGGUUGACUACAGAUACCUAGGCUGCCCAAUGCAGAACUCGUUAUGUUCUGCAUCCGAGUCGUUUGUUUUGUACGACAUGUACCUGUCCUACAAAGGUAAUUUUACAUGGCUGAUUUGGAUGUAGGAGAGCUUCUCAGACCCCGAAAAUGAAGACAUAGCCCAGGCAAUUGCGCUGUCCCUCUCAGAGGAACAAAAGAAGGCGAAAGCAAUCGGUAAGUAUCGGCUUUCUAUUAUGAUCUUGUAUGUGGGCUAGCCUGCUGUUUAUAACCUCAUUUAUUUAAGAAUUUUCUCAGAUAAUUUUAUUAUUGAGGUAAUAACGUAGGCAAAGUAUUCUUUUGUUUAGGACUAUAAAUAGAGCUUUUAUGACUGGAACGGAAAUAAUCUAUAAUUUACGAGGUCAGUAAAGUCGGUUUCACAAACCAUUAGUCAAGAAACAGUAGCUUACCUCUUAAGAUUGGAGGAGAAAAGAAAAAUAUCCACCAAUCAUUUUCAAUUGACUCCAGUGUAUAUGAAUACCUGUCCUCACAAUAAGAUGAAUCCAAUUGUAUUAAAGAAGACAUAUUCGGACUACAGUGAUCGACAGAUAAUGUUUUAGCUUCUUUGGAUAAUUCUAUGAUUUUUUUUGUCACUGCAGCAUAUGUUUUGUUUCUAAUUUAAUUGAAAUCUGUUUACCGAGUCACUUUUUCCGGUUUUACUCUCCAACUCCAUGGACUUGCAGAAGAAUAUCAAUCUUUUGUUACUUGCCGAUAGUUGAAAUUCCAUGAUUUUAACUGAAAACUUUAUCCCUCUUCCGUAGAUAAUUCAGCAUCAUCGGAUGAUGACGAACAACUUGCAAUAGCUUUGCAAGAAAGCUUGAAUGUUAAAUCUCCUCCGCAUGAGAGUGAGAAUACCUAUCAACCUUUUUCUUAUCUUUUCCCCUCAGAUUACAGGUAAAAUUAUUCGCAUUCAGCUUUGAAACAUUUUCUCUCUCAGCACGCCCAUUUUUAACAUUUUAGGGGAAAUUAAUUUCAUUACAGGUUUGCUUUUCUCAUGUGCAUGCACUAUUACCGUAAAUUUUCUGGAGCUAGGAUGCAAUCAUGCAACGUGAACAAAGUAAACGUCCCUGAUUGCCAGUGCCUCCAAGAACUUCAAAUAUUAGCUUAUUUUUAUAGAAAAAUCCUGUAAAUCUUCACCUAAUCUUUCACAAGGACAGCCCUUGAUGUACUAAUUAGAUUUAUAUGAGUACCUAUUAUUUUAAGUGAUUUUGGCCUCUUAUCAGUCGCAAUAAGCUGAGUUACCACUGAGAUACCAUGGUCUAAGCUGACGUUCAGCUUUUUUUUGAGCCAUUAUAGCCAUUAUCAAUGGAUGAAACACUUUCAAUUGUCAGAAACAGAAGUUAGGAUACGCACUGAUGUUUAUGGUGAACAAAAAAGAAUUUAUUGACAGUCUGUACUCUAGAAUAUUCCUCAUCUUUUUUCUCUUAUACAAAGUUCCAUGUCCAUGAAAUGUGGAAAUUGAUAGAGAGAUUGUAAAGAUGCUAAGAUUCUUCACAACAGAAGGCGAACAGUUUAACAUUACAUGCAAAAAAUUAUUUGCUUAUGUCGUCAUCGCAGUCAUACAGUUCCAAAGUUGUGCAAUUUUACGGAAAUUAUGCAUUUAAAAGAUGCCUUUGAUGCUUGGCAUCUUAUCAGGUGGUCAUGGGUGUCGAGAGCUUGGAGACCUUGGUUCUAUGAUUCAAGAUUUUUCAAUUUGAGCACACAGAAGAUCAAAAGGAAAAAAAUAAUAAUAUUAACUGGAUUCAGGGUUUCGUUCGGUGGUUCACUGGGAAUGGUUCCCUUUUGUUCUAAAUCUGCUCGUGUACCUUUCAUAUUUUCAGAGGAUAGGAUUCCUGCAUCUUUUACUUGUGAUUCGUACAGUUUUUUUCCUGGUUAUAGUUUACUUGUCCUUGUGAACCUUCCUAUCUAUUCUGCAACCUAAUUUCCAGUAGGAGUCUACUUUUUCCAAAGAAAAGGGACCCCCUAAGUUCAAGUUCUGCGGAAUCCAUUUGUAAUCUUAUUAAGCCGGACUGCUUGUUAAACUUUUUAGGACCAGAGUCUUAAAGGGUGGUUAUCCCUUAAAUAUUCUCAAGUAGAUGGACAGCAAACUUAAAAUCUACUAAUUCCCAAUAGAAAUACCCAUUUAUUGUUUUAUGCACAUACCCUGUCAUUGUAUUCUUCUUACGGAGUGUCUGAUAUAGGCAUUAUAUAAUCUAACAAGUAGCAAAAAUCCUUCUUCACGAACUGCACUAUCAAGACAUUUGAUAUCUGCAUGUUUCACUUACCUUUUUCGAAAUUGUCCUGUGUACUGUGCUUCUUUCCAUAGGGUAUGUGCUGGUUGUAACGCUGAGAUUGGUCGUGGGCGUUUCCUCGGUUGUAUGGGUGCUACCUGGCACCCAGAAUGUUUUUGUUGCCGUGGUUGUAAUCAACCAAUAUCUGAUUAUGAGGUUGGGAAAUUAGUGGCAACUGAUUUUUGCCUUCGAAAUAAAUUUAUUUUAUUAGUCAAGUCGCUGAGUUCCUGACAUCCUGUUGGUUUUAGUUUUCAAUGUUUGGGAAUUAUCCUUAUCACAAGUCAUGCUACAAGGAACAGUACCACCCUAAAUGUGAUGUUUGCAAGCAUUUUGUAAGUAUCACAUUUGACAGACUACUUUACUAUCUGUAUUCGAUUUAUGAUGCAGACUCUUAUUCUCCAAUGUUUUGUAUUGUUGAGCUCCUUGAGCAUAAUCCCCAACUUUGAUCACUUUUCACAGUAGGAAAUUUGUGUGAAUUAUUAAAUGUUUCCUUGCAUCAAAAUAUGGAUGGUAGAAUCACCGAGAUUUCCUCAAAACCUCAUUUUCUGCCUAGGAUGCCACUUGACAAGAUCAUGCGCUAAUUGAGGCCCAAAGCCUAAUAUUGUAUGGUAAAUGGCUGAAAAGUCCUCUGCUUUCUACAUCAUCAUAUGCCAAUCAUACAAGAUUCAUCCAUCACACGCCGAUGAGUAAUUAGAUUAUAGAUGACUGAAAAAAUAUCUAUUUCUGCACCAUGAUUCUGAUAAACAUAUUGGUUGGAAGCAUCAUUCACUUUGGAAAUGUUAUUCAAGGCAUUGUUGAUGGGGAAUGCCGAGCACCACUGCUAGAGGAUCAAGCUCCGGUAGGCAUCAUCACCUGGUCAGUGGGCCUCUCUAUAGUUCCAUGGUAGAAGAUGAAAUCUCACUGAAGGAACCAUGGUUUGACUGUGGUAACAGAGAUGGAUUGUACUCUGUUGGUCAGUAUCCAUGGGGGCAGAAUUGGGAUCAGCUGGUAAUGAUAGCCCUAGGAGCACCUGAGAUGGCCAAAAGGAGGGAGCGAUUCCUUCUGGGGAUCUUAUCAGAGAGAGGUUUCGUAGGAGAUGAGAGAAAUGACCAGAUUCGUCAGUAACAACUGAUCAUGCGACCAGGCGUUUAAUAGGGAGAGAGAGAGAGAGAGGCAGAGUAUUAUUGGUACUAUGGCAGUGUCUUGGAAAGUGGGUCAUGGAAAUAUUUGAAAUAUGUGGUCACUGUUUACAUUGCGCAUUUCAUUUGAGGAUUUCCUUUUUUGGUCACUUUGUUGCAUGUUUUCUUCUUUUGGUGCCUACUUAUAACCGUGGAUUAGGCAAAAAAGGGGGUGAAUGACCAGAAACUAGGAUCAGGACACGCCAUCUUUUGAAAGUCUGCAGUAUAAUGCCAUAUAGAAUCGAAAUUUCUGAGGCAAAAUCAAUGAGGAAUUCACAACGGUAGAUGCCGUCAUUUUGCAAACCCUAGGCUAUAGAGACUUAAAUAAUGGAGAUUAAAGAUAAAGUGGGGAUCAUCGGAAAGAUCUGUGAGUGAAACACCCAGAAAGGAGAAAUUUAAAAAGAUAAUUUCCUAAAUUAUUGAUGCACACGCAAUUCGUAAAGACCGAAAAUUCAUUAGCCUGUAUUCUAGACAGUGUGCUACAACCUUCUGUGAUGAGGAAAUCAUUACUCUUUCGAGGAGGUGUCUGGUGCCUGCUGCGGGUUAAUGGUGCAGAUUACAGAGGUUUUGUAUAAGUUAAAUUUGUAGCACAUUGGUAUAAAAUGAACCUUAAAUGUAUAUUCCCUCUGUUCAGUUCUGCAUGAGUUAUUUUCCAUUUCAUAAUUUCUGGAAGCCAUGCCUAUGGAUUUCCAGAUCUGUCUUUUCUGAUUCUACGAUACAUGCAUCUACAUUUUAUUUAUUUAUUUAUGGAUCCUUUAUAAAUACCUGGUUUUAUGAAUUUUGUUUAUUUAUUAGCCCAUGAUAAAUAUUGCUUCUGAUAUGUUGGAGGGCUUGCCAUAAUUUAGUCUUCCUAAGAACAACUUUUCAGGUUCAUAUUCUUUUGGAUAUUAAAAAUAUUUUGAUGCACAGAAUCAAUGAUAUAGAUAUGAAUAUAAAUUUGAAUGUGUCCGUCACUUUUUUCUUCUUCUUCCUGUCAUUUUCAACAGUCUUUAAUUUUUGUUUUUAUUUUUUCAGAUCCCAACAAAUUAUACAGGCCUCAUUGAGUACAGGGCCCAUCCUUUCUGGCAUCAAAAGUAUUGUCCUUCACAUGAGCUUGAUGGGACUCCUCGGUGUUACAGCUGUGAGAGGAUGGAGGUGGGCUUCUGGACAUUAGUUUAAGCAUUAUUUCUCCAGACCUUGUUUAAUCCUGUUAAUGAUCUCAGCCGAGGGACACAAACUACGUCUCCCUGGACGACGGCAGAAAGCUCUGCCUUGAAUGCCUCAACUCUGCAAUCAUGGACAACAGCGAGUGCCAGCCACUCUUCCUUGACAUACAGGAAUUCUAUGAAGGCCUAAACAUGAAAGUCACUCAGCAGAUUCCAUUGCUCUUGGUAGAGAGGCAAGCCCUCAACGAAGCCAUGGAAGGAGAAAAAACUGUGAGUAAAUCCGAUUGGAAGCCCCCCUUCUCUCUCUCUCUCUCUCUCUCUCUCUGUUUCUCUCUCUCUCUCUGUUUUCUCUCUCUAUCUCUUGCACACGCAUGCUUUGUUGAUUCAUUCCUUGUGAGUGAGCAGGGGCAUCAUCAUCUACCCGAAACCAGAGGAUUAUGCCUCUCGGAAGAGCAGACUGUCAGCACUGUAAGGGUCACUGAAACAGAGAAUCAUUAUGUUUCUUCAGCAAUGCCUGCCAAUCACCUUCUUCUUCCGCAGAUCCUGAGGAGACCCAGAAUUGAUUCCGGGAAUCGUGCCAUGGAUAUGAUCAUCGAGCCGUAUAGACUCACUCGGGUCUGUGAAGUCACAGCCAUUCUCAUCUUAUAUGGACUCCCAAGGUGCCAUCUGAUUUUCUAUAUAUUCUUUGGAUAAAAUGUGGUCAAUAUUUCUAUUUUCCCCCCCUAUUUUAAUCAUCCCACAGGUUCCUGACAGGAUCGAUUCUUGCCCAUGAGAUGAUGCAUGCAUGGCUUCGUCUAAAUGGUGAUUAUUCAUUUUCUUGCAAUAUAUAUAUAUAUAUAUAUAUAUAUUAACUGAUUUUAUUGAUCCCUGAUGUGGGAAAUUACUAUUUUCUGAUAGGAUACCGGAACCUCAGCCAGGAAGUUGAGGAAGGCAUCUGCCAGGUUCUUGCCCACAUGUGGCUGGACUCAGAGGUUGUGGCCGGGUCGGGGAGCAAUGUAGCAUCGAGCUCAUCUUCCUCAGCUUCUGGGUCCAAGAAGGGGCCAAGAUCCGAGUUUGACCGGAAAUUAGGUGAUUUCUUCAGGCACCAGAUCGAAUCUGAUGCAUCAUCGGCAUAUGGAGACGGGUUUCGGGCCGGGAACCAGGCGGUGCAUCAGUAUGGUCUCCGGCGCACUCUUGACCACAUCAAGCUGACUGGGAUGUUUCCCUGA